AUGGAAGAGAACGAGUUAUUAAUAAGAGCAUCGAAAUAUGAAGAAAGAUCGAAGAAAAUCGCAACUCAAGACAGAUAUAUUUUUAUAGGAAUUUUAACCAUAUUGCUUGUAUACUUCAAUUACACCCUUCAACUUGGCGAUUCCAAAUUCGAUUGGGUUGUCACAUGGGAAUAUGCAGCCUCCCCUCCCGUUUCAGAACCGCUUACUCCAGAACAAGAAGAACGAAUGGAGUCGGUCGAGAAGCGAAUGCUCCGUCGUUAUUUGGUCAAAAACCUUGCUUGUACAUAUCGACAACAACUUUACGCAAUGGCGGCUGAUAAGAAUAACACGAUUGAGGAUCUACUUGAUUUUCACAGACUAAUCGAAGGUUUAUCCGUUGAACCAGGCGGUGAACCGAAGGAUCCUGUUUUCUCCUUACGCCACGCUGACUCCCAAAAAGUCAAAAAAGACUUCCUGAUUUGCCUCCCACCUAAAGCCGGGACAUCCAACUGGCAAAUCGCCCUCGCAAAACUUUCCAAGACGAAAGAAGAAAUGGCCGCAAAAGGCGUCGUGCUUGAGGACGACUCGAAUAAAAACGUGUUUUAUCCAGCAGCUUUGUAUGGCUUUGUUCCGAGGUUUCAUACAGUCAAGCAUGCUGCGCUGUUGCAGGGGAAGGAGAAGAGAUAUAUAAAUACGAGGGAUCCAUUUACAAGGGCAAGAUCAGGCUGGAGAGACAAAAUCCAGUACUACCCAGAAGAUCCUGCGCACGAAGCAAACAACAGACAAUUCAACUCCUAUAUCGAAAAAGCCCGAAAAGAGCCUGGCCCACCCGCUCCGCCAAAAUUCAAAGUCUCCCUUGAAAAAUGGCUGCGAAUGCUGGUUCAUGACACAAACGACGCGGCAAUGAAUCAACAUUGGAAAGCUCAAGACGAAUGUUGUCAUUUUUGUGCGAUGGACUACGAAUACAUCAUCCACGGCCGUCGAUCAGAAGAAGAAUGGCCUUGGGUCCUGGACAAGCAGGGCCUGACCGGCAUUCUCGAGCUCGCCCCUCGCUACGGCGGCCCAGACCCCGAUUCCGGCUGGUUUCAUCACGAAGCCCAAGGAUUCGUAGAAAUACCAAUCGACUUGAUAAAAGAACUUUACAGACGAUACUACUUUGACUUCGUCGCUGGAGGGUACUCUCCUCAAUUCGUUGAAAAAUUCAUUAGUGCAGUUGAAGAAGCCCAAAAUAACCUAAGAUAG